AUGCGUGCUUUUCAUCAGAUUCCAGUCGCCCACGAAAACAUCCCUAAAACCGCCGUCACCACACCCUUCGGUCUCUUUGAGUUCGUCCGCAUGCCGUUUGGUCUUCGUAAUGCCGCUCAAACGUUCCAGAGGUUCAUCGAACAUGUCUUACGUGGCCUACCCUUUGUGUACGCCUACAUUGAUGACCGGAAUGAAGAAGAACACAAAGAGCAUCUUGCCUUGGUGCUUGGCCGUCUUGACAAGUUUGGUGUUGUCAUCAACCCCAAGUGCGUGUUGGUUGUGCCUUCGCUCGAGGUCCUCGGCCAUCAGGCCGACUCUGAAGGUUUGUGUCCCCUCCCGUCCAAGGUUGAAGCAGUUCGUAAUUUUCCUCCUCCAACUUCCAAGCGUCGGCUGCAGCGAUUCCUCGGCAUGGUCAAUUUUUACCGCCGGUUCCUACCGAACUGUGCUGACCUCAUGCUGCCGCUCACCAACAUGCUUUCUGGUCCCAAAGGUCCCCUCGAGCUGACUGGUGAAGCACUGACUGCUUUUGAGAGAAUAAAGAAUUCCCUUGCCGAUGCCACCUUACUCACACAUCCCACUCCCGAAGCUCAGCUGUCUCUGAUGGUAGAUGCUUCGACCGUAGUCGUAGGUGCAGUCCUUCAACAACACCUUGCUGGUUCGACUCAACCACUUGCCUUUUUCUCCAAAAAGCUCUUACCAGCCGAGACACGCUACAGUACCUUUGGCCGUGAACUACUUGCCAUUUACCUGGCUGUGAAGCAUUUCCGGCAUUUCCUUGAAGGUCGUGACUUCACUGUUUUGACUGACCACAAACCGUUGACUUUUGCACUUCGUUCCCUAUCCGACAAGUACAAUCCGAGGGAAAUCGCCCACCUGGACUACAUCUCCCAAUUCACCACCGACAUCCGCCACAUUGAUGGCACGAAGAAUGAGGUGGCUGAUAUGCUGUUCAGACCCUCACUGUCUUCCCUCCGACUCUCACACGGGAUCGAUCUUUGCGCCAUGGCGGCUGAGCAACAGCGAGUCGGUUUUCCUGGCGAUGAGUCUGUUAGUGGUCUCCAACUCAAAGACGUUCCCGUGACCACCUGCACUGGUACCAUACUUUGUAACUUCUCAACUUUCUCUCCUUGCCCUUUCGUGCCCGCCUCAAUGCGUCGCGUUGUAUUUCAAACUUUGAAUGGACUCUUCCACCCUGGGAUUUGA